CAGCAGCAGGUGGACCAUGGGGCCGAGGGGGGAGUGUUGGGGCAGGUGUCACCUGCUGGUGGCAUUGCUGCUGCUGGGGUGUGUUUUCCGGAGAGCUCGGGCGCAGAUGGAAGAUGGGAAGUCUGUCUACUUCUGGGAAACAGGUCCUUGGGGGAGGUGCAUGGGCAGCGACUGCGGUCCCGGCGGCAGUCAGAGCCGGGCGGUGUGGUGUGCCCAUGUGGACGGUUGGACCACGCUUCACACCAACUGCGACCAGGCCCAACGUCCAUCCAACCAGAGAAACUGCUUCCGAGUGUGCGACUGGCACAAGGACCUUUACGAUUGGAGGCUGGGGGCCUGGAACGAUUGCGUGUCGGUGUCCGCCAGGGCCUUGGGGGCCCCCCGUCCAUUCACCUGCAGCGGCGGUGAAGAGGGCAUCCAAACCCGGGAGGUGGGCUGCAUACUCAAGUCAGAUGGAUCGCCAGCCGAGGAUGCCAUCUGUGAGUACUUUGAGCCUCAGCCCCGCCUGGAGCAGGCCUGCUUGAUCCCCUGUCCUCAGGAUUGUGUGGUUUCUGAAUAUUCUCCAUGGACUUCCUGCUCCAAAACCUGUGGAACUGGCCUCCGGAACCGGGUCAGGAGUGUCUUGGUCCCUCCGCUUUUUGGGGGAGCCAUCUGCCCAAACCUCACGGAAUUCCAAUCUUGUAAGCCAGGAUCUUGCACCAGCCCAGAAGGCAUGUACAGUCUCAGGGUCGGGCCCUGGAGCCCCUGCAUCUUGCCCCAGACAAGGACAGCACGCCAGGCCAAGCGCAGAAAGGGUAAAGGUCAGGGAGGGGUCAAAGAUCCAGAGACCAGGGAACUAAUCCAGAAGAAACGGACCAGGAACCGCCUGAACCGGCAAGAGAGUUCUUUCUGGGACAUCCAGGUGGGCUACCAGACCCGAGAAGUCACCUGCAUGCACAGGAACAGCAGCUCUGUGGGACGCAGCCUGUGCGUCCAGCGGGAGGCGCUGCUCACCAUCCAGUCCUGCGUCCUGUCCAAAGACUGCCAGGUGAGCGACUGGAGCGACUGGGGCCUCUGCUCCAAAGCCUGCCCUGACCCCGCCUCCCCCCGAGGCAAUCAUACCCGCAGCAGACAGGUGCUCCAGUUCCCCGUGGGUGACGGCGCUGAGUGUCCGCCGCUAGAUGAACGGGAGCCAUGCGAGCCGGAGGGUGACGCCAUGACACCUUGUGCUGCCUACACCUGGAGGACCACAGAAUGGGGCGAGUGCCGAGUGGACUUGUUGCUAAGCCAGCAAGACCGUCGGCGUGGCAACCUGACGGGACUUUGUGGUGGAGGUCUGCAGACCCGAGAGGUCUACUGUGUCCAGGCUAAUGCCGAACUCCUGAAAUACAUCAAGGAUGUCAGAGAAAAAGACAAAGCAGCUCAGACCCAAAAGCAACAGAAGCCUAGUGUCCCCCCCCUCCUGUCUGUGUCCUUCCAGAUCACAGCGUCACGCCCGGUGGAGAACUGGCUGUGCGAGGGUCCCAUUCCCGAGCGGUCCCAGCUGUGCCAGGUACCGUGUCCUAUCGAGUGCCAGGUGUCGCCGUGGGGGGCCUGGGGGCCGUGCACCUUCGAGAACUGUGACGACCAGGCGGGAAAGAAAGGUUUCAAACUGAGGAGGCGCCAGAUCACCAACGAGCCAACAGGGGGUCCCGCUAAUUGCCCGCACCUGGUGGAGGGGCUGCCCUGCGAUGAGCCCAGCUGCUACGACUGGGACUUGAUGGGGUUGGACCGCUGCGUCCCCGACGAGCAGAGGCCGUGCGGGCCCGGCACACAGCUGACACAGGUCCGGUGUGUCAACAGCAAUGGAGAGGCGGUGGACAAAAGUCUGUGCUCGUCCACGCCGCCUCCAGAGCCCGUAGCCUGUGAGGUGCCUUGCUCCAGGGACUGCGUUCUCAGCGAUUGGACAACCUGGUCCACCUGCUCCCAAACCUGCUCCAGUAAAACCAUUGAGGGCAAGCAGAUGAGGACUCGCUCCAUUCUGGCCUACAACGCCGGAGAGGUCACUGACAUGGUGGUGGCCUGGAUCACAGUCAUGGAGGGUCUUUCACGAGUGCCGAAGUUUCCUGAGCUUUUGGGUGGCGCCCUGUGUCCUAACAGCAGCGCCCUCCAGGAAGUGCGCAACUGCAACGAGCAUGCCUGCACGGUUUACCACUGGCAGACGGGGCCAUGGGGACCGUGUACCGAGGACCCCACCACCACCUCAUCCCUCAAUUCAUCGGCAGCAGCCCCGGUCAGCAUGGGCCCCAGUAGCUGUUCCAAGGGGAUGCAGACCCGGAAGGUCAUCUGUGUGCGUGUCAACGUGGGACAGGUCCCCCCCAAGAAGUGUCCAGAUGGUCCUCGGCCCAGCACAGUCCGACCGUGUCAGCUGCCCUGCAAGAAAGAUUGCAUUAUGACCCCUUUCAGCGAGUGGACUUCUUGCCCCGUGUCCUGUGACGCAGCUGGUAACGCCGUGAAAAGGAAGCAAUCAAGGAAGCGUCUCAUCAUCCAGAUUCCUUCCAACGGAGGCCAGGACUGUCCCGAGCUGCUGGAGGAAGAGAGAGACUGCCAGCUCCCGGAAACAUGUCCGGGCUUCAGGUGGAAAACGCACAAAUGGAGAAAGUGCCAGCUGGUCCCGUGGUUCCUCCGGCAGGAUCGACCUGGUGCUCAGGAAGCCUGCGGGCCUGGACUUCAAACACGAGCUGUGUCCUGCCGGCAGCUGGACGGGACGCAGGUUGAUGUCAGCGAGUGUCUGAGGUCAGCCAGGGCCAUGCCAGCCAUCACUCAGCACUGUCAGCUGCCCUGCCAGGAUGACUGCCAGCUCACCAACUGGUCCAAAUUCUCGUCCUGUUCGGCCGACUGCGUUGGGGUGCGCACCAGAAAGAGGACCCUCAUCGGGAGGAGCAAGAAGAAAGACAAGUGCAAGAACACGCAGAUGUACCCCCUAAGUGAAACCCAGUACUGCCCGUGUGACAAGUACAAUGCCCAGCCGGUGGGAAACUGGUCCGACUGCAUCCUACCCGAGGCCAGCCGAACUGAGAGUACGUUGGGCCUGAAGGUCCAAGGGGACAUCAAGGAGUGCGGACAGGGCUACCGCUACCAGGCCAUGGUGUGCUAUGACCAGGACAGCCGGCUGGUGGAGACAUCACGAUGCAACAGUCACGGUUACAUCGAGGAGGCGUGCAUCAUCCCUUGUCCUUCGGACUGUAAGCUCAGCGAGUGGUCCAACUGGUCUCGCUGCAGCAAGUCCUGCGGCAGUGGCGUCAAAGUGCGCUCGAAAUGGCUCAGAGAGAAACCUUACAAUGGGGGACGCCCCUGUCCCAAGCUGGACCAUGUCAACCAGGCUCAGGUGUACGAGGUGGUUCCCUGCCAAAGCGACUGCAAUCAGUAUGUGUGGGUGGCCGAGCCUUGGAGCAUCUGGAAGGUCAGCAAUGUGGACCUCAAGGAGAACUGUGGUGAAGGUGUCCAAACGAGAAAAGUCAGAUGCAUGCUCAACACCAUCAACGGCCCCUCAGAGGUGGUGGAGGACUACCUGUGUGACCCUGAGGAGAUGCCCCUGGGGGCUCGUGAGAGCCGGCUGCCCUGCCCGGAAGACUGUGUGCUCAACGACUGGGGCCCGUGGAGCCGUUGCAGCUUGCCGUGCACCCGGAGCAAGAGUCGAGCGCGUGCGACAUACACACUUCGCUCGCCCAGCGUGGGAAGACUUUGUCCCAACACCACCGAGGAAGAGCCCUGCAGCCUCAACCUCAACUGCUUCAACUACUUCUACAACAUCACAGACUGGAGCACAUGCCAGCUGAGCCCCAGUGCCGUGUGCGGGAAGGGAAUCAAGACCCGCAUGCUGGACUGCGUUCGUAGCGACGGCAAGUCCGUCGACAUGAAGUUCUGUGAGGACCUGAAUCUGGAGAAGAAGUGGCAAAUGAACAUCUCCUGCGUGGUGGAGUGUCCCGUCAACUGUCAGCUGUCCGAAUGGUCGACCUGGUCCGAGUGCUCACAGACGUGCGGCCUGGAGGGUAAGAUGUGGCGACAGAGGUCAGCGGUUCAGGCCUCGCAGGGCGACGGCCGUCCUUGUUCGUCCCAGAUGCAGCAGUGGAAGCCGUGUCCCGUCCGUCCAUGCUACCGCUGGCAGUACAGCUCCUGGUCCGAGUGCAGGGUGGAGAGCGUGGUGUGCGGUCACGGCACGCGCUAUAGGAACCUGACUUGCUUUGUGUCGGACGGCAGCGAGCAGGGCGAAGGCAGCCAAGUGGAUGAGGAGCUGUGCGGAGGCCUGGAGUUGUCGGUGGACGGCGACAAACUCAUCAUUCUGAAGGAAACCUGCACGCUGCCCUGCCCAGGUGAGUGCUACCUAAUGGAGUGGUCGGACUGGAGCUCCUGCGUCAGCAUCUGCGUGAAGGAAGCCGGCGUGGACUUUGGUUCUGUUCGGGUCCGCUCCAAGGCUGUGGUGGCCCAGGAGCCUGAGAACCUGCAACUGUGUCCAGACCAGGCCUGGGAGUCUCAGCCCUGCACAGGAGGCGAAUGUUACGAGUACAAGUGGCUCAGCAGCUCGCGACCGAACUCCUCACGCCCGCUGGUUUGGUGUCAGCGCUCUGACGGGCUCAAUGUCACCGGUGGCUGCCCUCCCGUCACCCCCAUGGCGGACAGCAACGCCUGCGACCCUCCCUGUGUACCGCCGACAUCUUUCUGCAGCGAGGCGGGAGUGUGCAUGUGCGAAGAAGGUUUCACGGAGGUGCUGUCCCCCAGCGGGGUGCUGGACCAGUGUGCCCCUAUCCCUAUCCUGGAGAUCCCCACGGCGAGCGACAAGAAGGGGGACGUGAAGACCAGCCGUGCCAUUAAUCCCACGCUGCCCGCUACCACCCAGCCCGGACGCACCGGCCGGACCUGGUACCUGCAACCCUACGGACCAGAUGGCAAGUUGAAGAUUUGGGUGUACGGGGUGGCGGCCGGAGCCUUCGUGCUGCUCAUCUUCAUCGUGUCCAUGAUUUAUCUCGCUUGCAGCUACUGUGCCAGGGUGCAUCGCUCUCUUGCGGCCCAAGAGUGCGACGCCAACGGGGCGGCUAUGUGGAUGGGCCAGAACCCCCCCGGGAUGGUCUACACCUGUCCCGACUGCCAAGAACUGGCUCAGAGCAGCAACAGCAGCUAACCAGGAGGUGGAGGGUUUUCAUCAAGCCAACAAGCCUCGCCCCUGUCCCCUCCAAUCCCCUCCCGGCUCGCCCCUCCAGUUAAAGUGCCUGCCGCCUUUUCCCCCGUGGGGAAGGGGUGGUCAUAAGACCAACCUGAAUAGCAGGGUGAGAUGAUGGAGAAGCAAGAAGCCAAAGAGACCUCCGAGACAGAGGCAGCAAAACAAUCGUCUCAAACCUUUGACGCUGGCCUACGACGGUGACACGGACAUGUAGUCGUGCGUGGGGGGGGGGG